AUGCGCGCAGCACGGUACCACGGAAUUGAGGAUGUUCGCAUCGAGGAUGUGGAGCCGCAGAAGUGUGGGCCAGGCCAAGUCAGAGUUGCCCCCGCCUUCGCAGGCAUCUGCGGUUCCGAUCUCCAUGAGUAUCUCGGGGGCCCUGUCUUUAUUCCAACAAAGCCCCAUCCCUGCACUCAUGAGACGUUGCCCGUAACUCUCGGGCACGAGUUCUCAGGCACCAUUACCGAAGUCGGCUCCGCAGACUCGCCUUUCUCAGUUGGGCAGAAGGUGUGUGUCCAGCCGGCCCUGUACUGCGGUGAGUGCGUGCCAUGCAAAACGGGAUGUGAAAACGUGUGCUUCAAAGGCGGCUUCAUUGGGCUGUCUGGAGGCGGUGGUGGACUGAGCGAGUCGGUAGUUGUACCCCAAGACACUGUGCUGAGACUACCAAACAACGUACCGCUUGACGUUGGUGCGCUAGUCGAGCCGUUGAGUGUUGCGUGGCAUGCUAUCUCGGCGGCGUCCUUGACUAAAGACUCGGCUGUCUUGAUCCUGGGUGGCGGGCCCAUCGGCCUCGCUAUUGUACAGUGUCUGGUUGCAAUAGGAGUUCAGAAGAUCAUCUUGAGCGAGGUGUCGGGCUCGCGACAACGCUUCGCCCGGGAUUUCGGCGCCCAUCACGUCUUGUCUCCCAAGACAGACGAUGUUGCUCAAACGAGUAUAGCGCUAACUAACAAUGCCGGACCAAACGUCGUCUUUGAUUGCGCAGGCGUGCCAGCAAGUAUCGAAACCGCGUACGCGGCUAUCAGGCCGCGCGGUACAAUCGUCAAUGUCGCCAUCUGGGAGAAUAGUGUGCCUUUUAAUCCUAACAUGCUGCUGUUCCGCGAAGUAAAGUAUACUGGUGUGGCAGGAUAUCAAAGGAAAGACUUCGAGGCCAUUAUUGAGAUGCUGGGUUCUGGCAAGUUGCAACCGAGCAAGAUGAUUACGCGAAAGAUAGCGCUGGAUGACCUGGUUGAAGACGGGAUCAAAGCUCUCAUCAAUGAUAAAGAGAACCAGGUAAAGAUUGUGGUUCAACUGCCGGAGACGGGCCGCAUGGGGUCUGCCGUGCAUUGA